UAGCUGCCAUCUUGCGUCCCCGCGUGUGUGCGCCUAACCUCAGCUGGUCCGCCUGAGACCCCCCGAGCGCCAACCCUAGUCCCCCGCGCGGUCCCAUUUGCGCUCCAACAAGAUGAAAGAAACUAUCAUGAACCAGGAGAAACUCGCCAAAUUGCAAGCACAAGUGCGCAUUGGUGGGAAAGGAACUGCUCGCCGAAAGAAGAAGGUGGUUCAUAGAACAGCUACAGCAGAUGAUAAAAAACUUCAGUUCUCCUUAAAGAAGUUAGGGGUAAACAAUAUCUCUGGUAUUGAAGAAGUGAAUAUGUUCACAAACCAAGGAACAGUGAUCCAUUUUAACAACCCUAAAGUUCAGGCAUCGCUGGCAGCGAACACUUUCACCAUUACAGGCCAUGCUGAGACAAAGCAGCUGACAGAAAUGCUACCCAGUAUCUUAAACCAGCUUGGUGCAGACAGUCUGACUAGUUUAAGAAGACUGGCUGAAGCUCUGCCCAAACAAUCCGUGGAUGGAAAAGCACCACUUGCUACCGGAGAGGAUGAUGAUGAUGAAGUUCCAGAUCUUGUGGAGAAUUUUGAUGAAGCUUCCAAGAAUGAAGCAAACUGAAUUGAGUCAACUUCUGAAGAAGAUAAAACUUGAAGAAGUUACUGGGAGCUGCUAUUUUAUAUUAUGACUGCUUUUUAAAAUUUUGUUCAUGGAUCUGAUAAAAUCUAGAUCUCUAAUAUUUUUAAGCCCAAGCCCCUUGGACACUGCAGCUCUUUUCAGUUUUUGCUUAUACACAAUUCAUUCUUUGCAGCUAAUUAAGCUGAAGAAGCCUGGGAAUAAAGUUUGAAACAAGGUUAAUAAAGUU